GUAUAUAGAUUCUUUCCAAAAUUUCUCUUAUCUGGGUAAAUCAUGUUAUCAAGUUAUUUGCUUAUGAAUAAAUCAGCUGAUCACAUUUAAGUAAACCAAAAUAGUUUAUCACUAAAUUCCAACAGUCGAUAAUACUUUUAGGAGCUUAAUGAGUCAGAUGACGGAAAAUGAAGUAGUUAACAAAGAAGAUAUCUUUCCUAAAAAUUUCUUACAAUUAUUAUCUUUUUCUGAAAUUCAAAAUGCAACUGAGGGGCUCAUUGUUCUGUUGCAUGCCUGUUUGCUAGAAGUAGGAUUCAUACCAAAAGAUGUGAAAUCUGAUGUAUAUAGCUGCAUGCCAAAUAAUUGGAGGUCUAAUGGUAUUUUUAAAAUCCAGUACUUGCACUUUAGUGUACCAGAUGUGCUCUGUUGGGUGACAUGGAUUCCUUUAUAUGGCAAUUUGGUUACACAAGGAACAGUUGAGAAUAAAGAAUCAGAGAAUACUGUGCAUGUGACUUUACCAGCAAAAAAUUACAUUAAUUCGCAAGGAGAUAUAUUGGAUCAUCAAAAUCUAUUUUGCAAACCUGAAGAUUUAUCAAGAUUGUUUAAAGAUGAAUUUUGCUAUUCUUUGCUGACAAUCCUUGAAGAAAGUGCUAACCAUAAACCAUCUUUUGGGCUCAGUGGAUUAAUUGUUGAACUGAAGCAUCUGAUCAUGAAACUUUUGCCUGUUGAAGCUGUUGUUGCAUUGUCUGCUGUAAACAAAGAGUUUCAUAAUCUUGCAAAUUCACCCUAUUUAUGGAGAUUUUUAUACACUAGAGAUUAUGGUUCAAAUGGAGUUCUUGACCCCAAUACGGAUAGAGAUUGGAAAGCACUAUAUAAAGCAGAAUAUUUGAGGAGAAAGCACAGGUCAAGGUUGAGACCACUUCCAAUGUACCACCCAUGCCAUUAUCCACAAGUUUAUCCAUCUGCUCCUAAUUUCAAUGAUCCUUCAUUGUUCCAAUAUGUGGAUCCAGUUAUUCAACAAGCUUUUCCUCAUUUACGUUCCCGUUUACGUCCUUCCAACUGGUUAUUUCCUGGAGGGGGUUAUGAAUUUUUGGGAAGAUUUUGGUAACUUCAGCUGGGCUGAAAACUUGUUGACCGUUUGAAAUUCUAUAUAAAGUUUUCAUUCUUUUUUUCUUUUUUUUUUUGUCUUUAUGUGGUUUGAAAGUUAUAUUCUUGCAUUUAAACUGUAUUAUGAUAUUUUAUUGUGCAAAUAUAAGAUCUGCUAUUCAUUGUAAAUAUCAUGAAAUUGAGAUGAUGCUUCAGAGCUGGAUUAAUUGUGUAAAGUAAAAGAUAAAUAUUACAUUUUUAAUUAAAAAGGUCCUCCAAUCAAAAAAGACUUUAGACUCUUUCUUUUAUGUUGUUGUUUCUCAGGGAAUUUUGUUAUGUAUAUAUAUAUACUUGAUCAAUUAUUCCUAUGGUUGUUUUGUUUUAAAAGCAAAAUGACGGCUUAUAUAGUUGUGUUUACAUGUAUCUUAGUAUAAUUUCACUUAUAAUACAACAUGAUUUAGUCACCAGGAAUCUUUAUUUCUUAAACACACAAAGAAAGCAUUAAAUAAUUUGACAUAUGUAAAAAGAACAGUGUAAAAAAUAAUACUUUAAAAGAUUUAUUAUAUAACAGUAAGUGAUAUUGAAAAGUGAGUUUGUUUUAUAACUAGAUUUUUUUUCCAAGUCAUGUAUAUACCUGUUUGAUUUAUAUUUAAGAAGUGCAGAAUUGCUUCUUGUGCUGAGUUAUAAAUUUCGUUUAAUAAUGUUAGAAAUGUUAUAUUACUGAAACUAUUAAAAUCAAUAACAUAAUAAGAAAUUAACAUAGUUCAUACUGAUGUAUAAUUUAGUAGCAUUUAAUUCAAAGUAAUAAAAUUAUAAAUAAUACCAUAAAAAGUCAUAGAUUUACAUUGAUCAUAGAAAUUUAGUGUGCUGAUGUGAGAAAUAAAAUUUUAUUUCAUAUUUAAAUACACUUAGAGCAAAAUGUCUUUUCUGAAUAUAUAUGCAAUUAGAAUUUUUCGUGCUUGGUAAUAAUUUUUAUCUAUAUUAUCUAUUAUGUUAUGAAAUAAAAAAAAA